AUGUAAGUCUAUCCUUUACGCAUUAAGGAAGAACAGUUCCAAUAACAAAAUUGGAGUAGUCAAAGAUAAUUAACGGACAUGGGAUCUCAGAUAGGCAUCUUGCAAUCAAAUAGUGUUUUAUUAAAACAGAUCGAACCCUCUAAAAGAAUAAUUAGAGCUAAAACUGUAAAAAGUUUGUAAGAUAAUUCUGUGAUAUUUAGUAUUUAAAUGACAACCUUAACAAUGUCUCAACUUCAAGCAUCGAGAGUGAGUAAAAACCAGGAAUUAAGAAAGAUAAUUAAAAAGGUUGGGAUGGCUCAAAAAUUUAUAAAUUAACUUCGAAAUUAUGCAUAUCAAUUAAAGAAUUAAAGAUCCAAAUAUUAAUAUCGCAAGAGAGGCUUCCUUCCAUUUUUCCCUGAUGAUAUCGUGUAUUUAGUUUGGGGAUUGGGAAUUAAUUUAUGUACUGAUGUAGCUGCCAUUCUAUAUCCAAUAUAGGUCGCCUUUGAAUAUGAAGUACAUUUUUACAGCUAUAAUAGAGGGUUUUGGCCAUCAAUUGACAUUCAUUUUACAGAUGAUCUUUUGGGUUGAUUUGCUGAUGAAUUUUAUUAUUUGCCACAUAAAUAAGCAAUUAGAUUUAUUGCACAAUUUGAAAGACAUAGCCAAUUAUUACAUCACCACUUGGUUUGUCAUUGAUCUAUUAUCGAUAUUGCCUGAUUUAGAUUUAGAAAGUUUGAAACCCAUAAAAUUAUUACGGUUAUUAAGGUUUUUUUUCUAUGAAAGAAGAGUUGAAUACAAUCAGUCAAUAGAGUUACUCAAAAAGUAACAAUCUCUGAGGGAUGAGUUAAUAGUAAGAGAGGAGUACAAUUUGGAUUUAAGAAUAAAGAAGUUAAUGAAAAUAUUUUUGGAGAUGAUCAUUUUGAAUCAUUUAUUCGCUUGUCUUUGGAUAUGGAUUUGCAAAUUUAAUGUUAAUUAAAAUUGGAUGGAACGAUAAGAUAUCAAACAUGCUAACGAUUACACUAAAUUGAUAUAUGCAUUCUUUUGGGCCUAUUAAACAAUUACAGUUAUUGGAUAUGGUGAUCUUGAAGCCCAUAAUUUUGAUGAAUAUCUGUUGAGUGUAAUUUGGAUGUUAAUUGGCGUUGGUUAUUAUUCCUUCACUAUUGGUAACAUUACUUUUAUAUUGAUCUAAUCAAAUCCUAAUCAGGAGUUUGAUGAUUAACUGUUGAAUUUGGAAGACGUUACUAUAAACAUGCCUGAAAGAAUUUAGAAUGAUUGGAUCAGAUUUACGAAGUUUAACAUAUAGAGGAAUCCCUUUUGGGCUGAGGAAUCCAAAAGAAUCAUUUCAGAGCUUCCUCACCAAUUAGCAUUAUAUACUGUUGCUGCAGUCCAUAAGGAUAUUUUGAGAACUAUUCCCUUCAUGUCAAAUGAUAUAAAUUUCUCAGGGUCCAUUCUGCCGUUUAGCACCUUGGUCUGCUAUUAAAAGUAUGAAACUGUCUAUCACAUUGGUUAAGGUGCAAAUGAUUUCUUCUUUCUUAUUAAAGGAGACAUUAGAUUGUGUGACAACAAUGGGGAAACCUUGGUGAGAGUUAUGGAAGGUACUUGCUUUGGAGAAAUCGAAUGCAUUGAAAACAGUUUAAGGCGUUGGAGUGCUCAUGCUAUACAGGAAAGUGUUGUUUUAAUGUGUUCAUCUGAUUAUUUUUCUUAAUUCCUUGAAAAAGAGUCGCCUUAGUUUUUUGAGUUGCAACAGAUGUAUAAAAGAAGGAAGAUACUUAUUAUUGAAUAAGCAAGAAUUAAAAGAUGUAAUCAAACCUCUUUUUAUUCUAGAAAGACAAUAAAAAUUGAAGAGAGGGUCUGCCAUUAAUGAUGUUCAUCAAACUAAUAGCAAAAGAGAAUCUACUUAGCAUCUGGAGGAAUUAAGAUUUAAAAUUGACUUACGAGAGUAUCCAAGUGUCUAAUAAGAUUUAAUGCUUUAAAUUGUUGGAUAAAAAUAAGCUAGAAAUAAGAUUAUUAGAGAGAAGUUUAUCAAUGUAUAUAAACCAUAUCAUAUAGGCCAUUAAUAAAAUAAGAUAUUAUGUUCAAAGGUCAUCUAAAAUUAGAAAAAUUUCAAUACAUGAUCCAGAUUAUAAAAUAAUUCGUAAUUUGAUAAAUAAUAGGAUCAAAGAUUGUACUUGGGAAAAAUUAAUUUAGAAAAAAGUGGGUUAAAAAUUAUUGAAAAACUUUGAAAAGGUUCGAGAAGAUGAAAACUUAAUCAAGGCUUUUAUCUUAAAAAGUAAACAAGAAUCAAAUGAAAGACUCUCAAGAAAAAAAUUAAUUCAUAUUAUUAGAAAUAUUCUAAAAUUUCAAAAGAGUGAAUUUAAGAAUAAUAAGAUAGAUAUAUUUUACAACAAAUUUCAUCAAAUAAUUUAUGAAAAUGCUAAGCAUGAAAAGUAAGAAGAGAGAAGGAAACAAAAACAGAAACUUGAAAGCAUUAAAAAAUGUGGAGCUAUAGGAGAUUAAAUAAAAAAUUUAGGUUAAUAAUUCAAAAAAUUGGUUAAUCUAUAGACGUCUUUAUCGAUGGCUAAAUUCGAAAUCAAUUAAUAAGAAUAUGAGAUUGAUUGUAUGAUUGCAGAGAUAAAAAAAGCACUAAUGUAGGUUAAAAUAGGAGAAUGA